GAGAUAGAUGACUGAGUCUGACAUCACAGGAAGCUCAAAUGCAAGUCUGAUCUGAUGAGGGCUGUGACUUUUCCAUUAACUAGAUAUAUCAUUUUAUUUUGACAGUUUCCUGCCUGAAUUGUGUGUAUACUGGGAUCCUCGUUAUCCUUUUAAGCUCUCUUGAGGAUGGCUGAGCCAAGUGGGAGAUAUCAGCAGCUGCCCAAUGAAGAGGAGCCAGAGGAGGGACCUCAGGUGGCCAGUGAUCCUCCGCCCCCUUACAGUAGCAUUGCAGCUGACAGUGCAGCAUAUUUUGAUUACAAGGACGAUGCAGCAUUUCCCAAGCCCCCAUCUUAUAAUGUAGCCACAUCUUUACCAUCGUACGACGAAGCUGAGAGAACCAAAGCAGAGGCUACUAUCCCACUGGUGUCAGGCCAAGAUGAUGACUUUGUGGCCAGAGAUGACUUUGAGGAUGCUGACCAGCUGCAGAUAGGCAACGAUGGCAUUUUCAUGUUGACAUGUUUCAUGGCAUUCCUCUUCAACUGGAUUGGCUUCUUUCUGUCAUUCUGCCUUACAACCUCAGCAGCUGGGCGUUAUGGCGCCAUAUCUGGGUUUGGUCUGUCCCUCAUCAAAUGGAUUCUCAUCGUACGGUUCUCUGCUUAUUUCCCUGGUUACUUUGAUGGACAGUACUGGUUAUGGUGGGUGUUUCUGGUGCUUGGCAUCCUGCUCUUCCUCAGAGGCUUUAUUAACUAUGCUAAGAUCCGAAAAAUGGCAGACUCCGUUUCUACUCUUCCACGGACCAGAGUUCUCUUCAUCUAUUAAAGUCACUUGCUGGAAAUGAAAACGCAUUCAUGGGCCUGCAUUGAGCCGUUGACCCAGUGGGGAAAAUAUAAUUAAGAAAAAAAAAAUUCCUUCCAUCUGUUAUCUACUCAUCUGAAAGGAAGACCGCGGAAUUCCAGAGCGUUGGAGGAAGAGCGUUUUUUUUCCCGUUCUCUGCUUUUGAAAAUGCAGUUUGGGUGUCAGAUAGCAAGAUACUCUUUUUACAUUUCUAGAUGUAUAGUGGAUGCUAACAGCUCUAUACCUAUUCUGAAAUCAUUAGUGGUUUGAUGUUGAGUGCUAUUUGCUCUUUUCAAGUCUGUAAAGUAUUAAAAUAACCAUAUGUAUGAAUUCUUGUUUGUAGUACAGGCAUGCACUAUGCUCCCUGUUAACCAGUAGAGGGAAGUCUUGCUUUUUUUAUUGCAGUGUGUGUGCUUUUUUUCCCUGUGACGUUUGACAAGAAGGCAACCAGUCACCAUUCAUGAAGAGCUUUUCUCUUUGUGAAUGGCAGUGUGAAAUGAAUUGAAUCUAAAACAGUCAAUGCGUUUCUUUUAUUCUCUUCUACCGUUUCUCUCUGCCUCCUUACAUAACAUGAAAUUAAAGUUACUGUUUUUAAGUCCUCAUUAUUGAUGUGGUUCAGACGUGUUUUAUUGGCCAUGUAGUUCUUUCAAACGGCUUAUUAAUACCAAAAUUAGGAUCAAGGAAUAUUUCUUAAAAGAUCCAGGAGACGCAUGAAUGGCAUCUAGCAUUAGUAAAUGUAUGGUUGUACACUUAACAUUUGGCCCCAUGUUUGAGUACUUGCAACUUUUCAGGGAAGAAAACUUUAAUAUUUGCAUUCAAACAUUUCUCCUUUUAUACUAUACUGCUGUCGGCUGAUAGCACUGCACAUUUUUCCGAUCUUUAAAUAUACGUUUAGCCGGAUGCCUCUCCUUCACCUUAUGCAGUGGCCGUGAUAGGGGCCCGUUUGAUCUCUCGCUGUCUAAUCGUGCAUGAUUCUGUUGUGGCUUGUCUGCUCUUGUCACCUUGGGUCUCAUCCGUGACACAGGAAGUUACUCUUUUGUGUUGUGUUUUCCAUGCAGCUUUGCGGUCGCCCAUUGAAUUCCAAUGGCUGUGCACAUGUAUUUGCUUGUAAAUAAGAUACUGCUAUUAAAUGUCUCUGGUGUUCAACA